AUGUCCUCCCGCAGUCCUAGCUCCUCCCCGGACAUUCUUGGGCCAGCUGGCGACGUCGAUUAUUUAAUCUCCUCUCCAUUUAUCCCCUUUUCCGGUCGCCAAAGCUUCAUGUCGCCUGCCAACUUCCGCCUCCUACAAAGCCCGCGGACCGCGAAGGGCAAAGGGCGGUCGCGCAUUAACCUUAGUCCUUCCAAAAGUGCCCACUCCUUCAAAUUCAACGAUGUCGUUCUUCCUGCCUCCCCGACAAUGAAGCUGAACGGGCAGCAGAGAGUGUUGUCCCCCGAAAAUCUUCAAUCCGACGGAAAUGUUAGCCCGUGGAGGAUUCGGGUUACACUGGAAGCAACACAAGACGACGAAACAAAUCCAGGCAGUCCGACGCGCAAGCGCAUAAAACCCUCGACCACGACAAUGAAAGUCCCCCUCAAAGAUGAUACCGAACAGACCCCCCGAAGACGCAGAGGUCGCCCAAGGAAGUCGGACACAAUGAUGCCGGAUGCGACUCCACGCGCCGGCAGCCCGGGCCACACCCCGGGUCCGGGAGGUACAGGACAGAAGAGGAAACGAGGUCGACCGAGGAAGAGCGAACCGGAACCGGAGAUACUGCACAAUGGCGAGCAGCCGAUGGAUCAAGAUAUCGUUCAAGAAGCUCCCAUCGUUGAACCCGCGCGCGACUGGAGCCCUCUGAAUCUUGGAGCGGACGCAGGAUCUGACGAUGAUUACGCCGGCGACCAGGCUAUGGACAUUGAUGAACCCCCUGCGAAUGAUGUUCAGAUGGAGGACCUUGAUCUGGCUGCCCUAGAUCGAAGCUCUCCUCGCGUGACAUUCGACACACCGAACGUUGAUAACGUGGACCAAGGCUAUGCAGAGAACGAUGAGUACAAUUUGAACUCAACUCCAUCCAAAAUGCCAUCACCCGUUCGCGAAAUACAGACCAACCCUUCCGAAAAUACACUACACGCCGGUCGUACUCCAAGACCGCCACGCAUCUACCCGACACCAACCUCCUCAUCGGUAGCAGAAGAAGAGAAGACACAACGGUCUCAGGAGACGAAUGAAGUUCCCGUUAUGAAUCGCCGUUCAAGUGCGAUCCAAUCUACAAAUGACCCAACGGACGAACACAGGGAGUUUGACUCCAUUAUGGAAAGUGAGGGCUUUAGCAUGGUGUCUCUGGAUACACUACCAUCGGCCAAGCAGCAUGAACUCAAUAUGAACAGCCACUCCCAAGCUACUAAAACCCACCACGACACCCCAGGCACACACAUGAGACGGCAGAUGGAGGAGUGGCAGCGGGAGAGAGAAGCCAUCAGCCGGGAGAUCCAGAUGGCAAAUUCUAGCCAGAUCAUUGUGAUAAACAGUGACGAGAAUGAUCAGCCAUCUGUCGAAGACGGCGCCAGGGCGGAAGAGGGCCAAUUAGAAGGCGAUUUUGAGGACGAUUUUGAAGACAAUUUCCAAGACGAUCUUGAAGACAACUUACAGGACGACCUGGAAGACAACUUUCAGGAUGAUCUUGAGGGUGACUUGGAAGGCGACUUGGAGGGCGACUUGGAGGGCGAGUUCGAGGGUGAGCUUGAGGGUGAACAUGAGGACGAGCUCGAUUACGAGUCAGAAUCCGUUCCCAACGAGGACGCCCACGUAGAAUCCCAGCCACUGGAUGAGGGAGAUGAAGAUGACGGGUACGAAGACACCUGGCCGCAAGAGGCCCGUAAUCAGGGCAACCACUCAGAUCAAUUGUCGCCGCUUCAAGACGAACAGAGUGUUGAAGACGACCAGAGUGACACACAACCUAGGCAAGACGAAUCUAGCCCUUGGAAAGGUGGCUGGACCUCUGCUCGGCGUCAGAACGGCCAAAUCUACUCGCCCGCUCAUUGGACAACCGAACAGGAAAUUGUGCCGUUUUUGGGCCGGUCAAGAGUUAAACAAUUACGGGAGCAAGACGUUGACUUGACGUCUGCGUACCGUGCCCAGGAUACGCCAAAGCGCCAUCAGUACUAUUACGGGAAAAGCAGUCCCUUGGACAGUGUGGCUGGGGGCACUGUGGGCCGCUCACCAGCAUUUCGGAAACCACAGGACAUCGAUGCCCAUGUGUCUGACCAGGAUCGGCAGUCAGAGAGCUACGUGGAGUCGAGUCCUGGCCGAUACUCGGACGAUGAGACGUUUCAGAUUGAUCCGACGACUAGAUUGGAAAUGGAAAGACUGCGUCAUGAACUGACUCUGGAAGCCGACGAAGUCGAAAGUAUUUCCAGUGCCGCUGCAGCCGAGGUGCAUGCCGUUCAAGAGACAACUGACAUCACCCCCGAACGUCCACGGCUUGCCAACCAUGAUAAUCCAGCGCCAUCCUGGUUCAAGAAGAUCACCAACUUCACACCUCAAUGGCUCAGACCAAAGCCUAAUAACCAUAACGAGUCAUUGGGGGAGGAUAGCUCGGACGAUGACGAAUAUGAGAAGCUACACGCCGUACAGCCAACACACGGCGAUGAAGACGUUCACUGGGAGGACAAGGACGAAACACCACGACCGCUCCAAUUUGCGGAGCCAGAGGAUGAACAGCAGAGUAUCUCUAGCUCCAAGUCUUUCCAACUAGUUGAAAAUGAGGAGGCUUCAGUGGAAGACACCGAAGAGAAGGAGGAGGAAAACGCGGAGGAUGAAACGCCCAAAGGCCAAUCACCAGCGUUCCCUCCCGACUACUUUUCUGAUGAUCACUAUCGCUUGCUGCAUCGUCUCUACCGCUCGGCGAAACUAUACCCUGAGCGCUUCCCCUACCACCCGGCCCCUGGCCGGUCCGAUAUCAUUGGAGACUGGAUUUGGACGUCCGAUGGGGUGUAUGGGGUUCCUGUCACGGAGCUCCAAUUUGCUAUUAUCGACAGAUUUGCGCAGCAGCUAUCCCAGGCUGACAUUAAGGCAGGCGGAACGGGCCACAUCAGUUGGACAGAGGCGGACGUGCACAAAAGGCUGAUCAGCAUAAUCAUUGGUGAACAGAUUAGGCAAGAAAGGAAGCAGAGGCUCCACGAUGAUCGCCCGAGGGCAGGGCAUCUGAGAAGCAGGGACGCAGCCUACGAGACGUGGCGCAUCUGA